AUCCGGUGGCAAAACAAACCACUUUUCCUGCGGCUCGCGGUGAUUCAAACGACGGACUGUGAUCCAUCUUCACCCGGAAGAAGAGUCCCCGGGGUUUCUCCUGAACUACACACAUCUUGUCUCUCCUCCACCAUGACCGCUGCUGUUGUGAGAGGUGCUGCCAGGGUGCCUGUCCGAGGCGCUGGCGAUGGCAUGGAAACUGAGAAACCACCGGCUAUUCUGGAGUUAAAAACGGAUACGCUGCUACAAGGUCCAACUGAUGUUCCCCUUCUGAGGGCGGCCAGCCCAAAACCCAGCCCGAAAUCUGCCCACCCGGCUGCACCCCAGCCUCUCGGGGUGCUCCAUCUGGGCAAGGUUAGUCGGGAGGCCUGCACAGAGGUGGAGGCUGUGAGAAUCAUCGUACCACGUUCUGCUAUAAGCCGGAGCACUCGCGCAGGACCUGCUGAGGAUAAAGUGGGCCCCGGGCAACAGGCUGAGGAGAGGGGCUCUCCCCCGCCUCCACUGGUGGAGGACUGGAGAGGACAGAUGGAGAAGCUGCAGAACUCUGAACGCAGGCUGCUGCAGGACAAGGAAGGGCUCUGCAACCAGCUCCGUGUGCAGACAGAGGUGAAUCGUGAGCUAAAGAGACUGCUGGUGGCGUCGGUGGGCGACGACCUUCAGUACCAUUUUGAGCGGCUGUCGCGGGAGAAGAACCAGUUGAUUCUUGAGAACGAAGCUCUAGGCCGGAGUCUGGCUCACACUGCAGAGCAGCUGGAGCGAAUGAGUAUUCAGUGUGAUGUUUGGAGGAGCAAGUUCCUGGCCAGCAGAGUCAUGGCAGACGAGCUGACGAAUGCCAGAGCUUCCAUGCAGAGACAAACCAGAGAGGCACAAGGAGCCAUUCAGGAUCUGCUGUUGGAGAGAGAAGAGUUCUCCGGGGACAUGGUCCUCGCUCACAGAUCUCUGGAGCAGCUCCUGGUGUCUCUGCAGUGGGGCCGACAGCAGACCUACUACCCCAGUGCACAGCCCCUCAGCACAAGAGAGCUGGCAGCAGCCAAUCACAAGCUAGCAGACGCCAUCAACUCCCACCUCCUGGGCAACACCAGUAACAGCGGCAGCAGCACCGCGGUGAAGAGCAGCAGCGCACCAGCCGAGCAGCUGUGCAGCACGCCGGCUGAGAAGAUGGCAGAGAAGGUGCUGAAGAUUUUAGAUCCAAUUUCCUGCCCAGAAAGUCACACUGAACCUGAACUGAUGGACUCCACCCCAUCAAACUUCCUCACCAAUAAGAAGAGCAUCGGCAGGUUUCACCCGUACACCCGCUAUGAGAACAUCACCUUCAACUGCUGCGAGCGCUGCUCAGGAGACAUCCUGGUGCUGUAGAGGCCGAAGAGCGACAACACCUCCUGACGCCAGCGCAGCAUCAGGACUUAUAUCAAAUGGUCUGAACAGGAAUGGACGCCGGUGGAACACCCUGCUUUUUUGUUGAGUAACAUGAAAAGAUGGCAGCUUUUUUUGCAUCUUUGGCUGUUUCAUCCAUUUGAGUUGAUAUCAGCAGAAAGUUGUAUUUAUUAAACUUUAGAGAAUGGUUUUAAAUUGUAUCAACCUGAUGCUUAUUUAGUCCUCUUUGAGAAUUUUUUGUUUUGAACAUGUUGAUUGCAUUUCGGAGCCUGGUCUAAACCAUGGAAAGUGUUAUUUAUUUCUGGAAUGUGAGAUCAAGAUGAGUCUGUGUUACAUGGUGAACAGACACCUUUUAGCUUCCUCUGACUUUCCUCAUGUUAUGUUCUCAAGUCAGAGCGCACACCACAGAGCAAAUCACAAGACAUACAGAAGAAGUGUGAGUCUGUUCUGGGAAGGAAGUCUUACCUCCACUGUGUCUGUGCAAUAGGUCUGCCCAAGUUCCUCUGUAUGAUGGUGCUGUCAUAUUUCAACAACAUUGUAUUAAUGUAUUUUGAGUAUUGAAUGCUGUAAAGUAUUCACAAGACAUCCAACACUUUGGAUGUUUAUCAAUGGUACGACAGAUUUAUUGUGCAGCGGCAUAUUUUAAAAAAGGUCUUAUAUUUUCAAAUGCAGUAUGAAUGAGAACUUUGAAGCAACAAAGUUCUGAUAUUUUUCCACAUAUUGGAUUUGUUUUACUUGAAUCGUGUUAUAUUCAUUUGGGGGAUGUUUUAUUAUUUAUUAUAUAAAAAAACAAAAACAGGAUACAAC